GGAGCCUGUCAGCCCACAGCUUAGUUCCCGGAGAGAGAGAGGAAAGACCCCUGGAGGCAGGGCCAGGGACCCCCUUUCUGUGUGUCACUGACCCCUUCUUAGUGUCUACAGAGGGCUCCCAGGAAGGAACAGCAGCGUUUGUCCUCUGGCUACAGAGCAUCAGCCUCCUGAUGCAGGAUCGAGUGCUGGGGAAGCCCUCGUGCAGCCCGUCUCUCAAAAUCCAACCUGCCACUAGCCCAGGCAGGCCGGCAUCAGCAGUGAACGGGAAGCUGGAAUCUGACCCCUGGCGUUGGGCCUGGUCUCCAUGGCAGCCGUGGAUUUAUAACCAGGGCCUCCACCCAGCUUGGCGGACUUUCGACUUGAAGCCGGGAGGAAGGGGAGCAGGAAGGCGGUUCUGAGAGCAGCGAGCGCACGGGUGGCAGCCGGAGGCCCCGCGAUGGCCAAGUUUCUUUCCCAGGACCAAAUUAAUGAGUACAAGGAAUGCUUCUCCCUGUACGACAAGCAGCAGCGGGGGAAGAUGAAAGCCACUGACCUCCUGAUGGUGAUGAGGUGCCUGGGGGCCAGCCCGACGCCGGGGGAGGUGCAGCGGCACCUGCAGACUCACGGGAUAGACAGAAAUGGAGAGCUGGAUUUCUCUACUUUCCUGACCAUUAUGCACAUGCAAAUAAAACAAGAGGACCCAGAGAAGGAAAUUCUUUUGGCCAUGUUGAUGGCGGACAAGGAGAAGAAAGGCUACAUCAUGGCGUCUGAACUGCGGUCAAAACUCAUGAAACUGGGAGAGAAGCUCACCCACAAAGAAGUGAAUGAUCUUUUCAGGGAAGCAGAUAUUGAACCUAAUGGCAAAGUGAAGUAUGACGAAUUUGUCCACAAGAUCACCAUUCCUGUGCGGGACUACUGAAUGAGGAGAAGGCAAGAGAGCCUCCCCUGGGCCAGAAAACUCAGACUGAUGAAUCUUUAAAAAGAAAAGCAUUCCUUUCACUUGCGGGAGAUGGCAAACACAGCGAGAUGACAUACCUGACCACAGCAGAGGGUAACUUAAGGAAACGAAAUGAUUUCAGCUACAGUUUUAGUAUGUCUUUAAUAAAAGAUUUUUACUGAUUUUAAUAAC